CAAACCAGACGGACGAAAUGUAUAAUUUAUGCUUUAAGUUUAAUAUAACGAAGACAAUUCGCAGACAAAAACACCGCUGCCACACAAACCACUAAACAUUCGUGAGGUUCAUUCGCUAUUCCCCUUUGCCACGCAUCUGACCGUAGCUCUUUAGCACAUCGGAUUUCAUUUGAUCGGGUAACAUCACUAAGUGUUUGGAUUAUCCAGGGUUUGUUUAAAUUUGGUAUUUUUACACCUGAUUACAAGAAGCAUCAACACAUGAAAAAGCAUUAGGGAAUGAGUACAACAAGGAGAGUAACUAGAAACCAGAUUGAAGAUGAUGCAUCUAGCAGUAAGACUAUGAUGACUGAUGAUGUGGGACCUUGGUCAUACCUCAACCAUGAUGUGCUUUUAUUAGUUAUGAUGCAACUGGGAGCAUCGAUUUUAUUGCAUUGAGUGGAGUCUGUAAGUCAUGGAGAUCAGUAUUAGUCACUUACAAGAAAACGUUUAUGGCAUCCAAACCACCAAUGUUGAUGGAUAUCUCUCUCCGUUGUAAUAAUAAUAAGGAUAGGAAAUGCCACCUAGAGGACUCUGAAGGAAGAGUGUACAAAACCACACUAACGCAUUCUGCUGGAAUGUAUUAUAUGGAUUAACUUGUGGUUACUUGAUCUUGUUCAGGAUGAAAACCAAUAAGGACUUCUGGCUUGUGAAUCUUAUCACUAGACAUGAACUUAAUUUCCCUCCUGCCCCAUGGAUGCCUGAUUAUGUAUCAGACGUUACUUCUGUCCUUGUCUUUUCACCUUCAAUCUCUAAACUGGUGUUUGUUGUGUUAGCCGAGAAUCAAAUAUGGUUUUCUAUAGAGGAUGAGGGAACAUGGAAUUGUGUUUCCUCCACUUUCGACCUCAAAUUUUGUAGGGAUUUACAUGUUUUUAAGGGGAAGAUAUAUACUGUAGACACAAAUAAUUUUAAUUUAUGUGAAUUCACAAUCAAUCCUGAGCCCAAAGUGACUUUACUCGAAACCAAGAUUCUUGUGGAUGAUCCGCACCUAUUUUUCCCGCAGCUUGUAAGUUGCUGUGAAAACCUUUAUGUGAUGCGAAGCUCAGCUUACGGAUAUGUAUUCAAUGUUUAUAAACUAGACUUUGGUGAAAUGGAAUGGGUGCCUUUUCAAGAUACAGGAGAGAAACAUGGUUUCUUUAUAAGUGAAGAGGCUCAUGGUGCUGCUGUUAAACCAGAGUUGUGGGCUGACCCUUGGUCACAAUACCCAAGAUGUGAUGUUGAUAAUGGAGGUGGACAUGGUGGAUUGUUUCUUUCAUACGAGGGGUGGUAUUUCCCGCAUGAAUCUGUGAAUGUUAAUCUUUUAGAUGAGUCAUGACUUGUUACCACUCUUGGGAUUUUGCAAUUUAUGUUCUCGUUAUCAAGCUGAUAACCAUCAUUUAUAUAUCUCCCUUUUAUGUGAUUUGGUGUCCCUUGCUUUGAAAUGUGUAUGUAAUGCAUCUGUUUUAUUCAUAUAAAAUAUUUGGUUUUAUCUUUUA